ACGAGUGUCUCGUUUUGUUACAUUCUAACUAACAUUUUUAUGGUUUUUGUGGAUAAUGAAUAUUUUAUAAGAACGAAAUUUCUUAAAUAAAUUGUACAAUAAUAAUACAAGAUCAUGGGUGACAAAAGGCAGCACAAUUUAUCGAAAGAAGAAAUAGCAAAACAGUUUAUGCUGCCAGAAAGGAAAAGUAAGAUUGCAACAUUACUGAAACAGGAUGGACAAGCUUACUGUAUUUGCAGAAGUUCUGAUAGUUCCCGUUUUAUGAUAGGAUGUGAUGCAUGCGAAGAAUGGUACCAUGGUGAUUGCAUAAAUAUAACAGAGAAAGAUGCCAAACAUAUAAAACAAUUCUUCUGUAUUCGCUGUAGAGAAGAGGAUCCAACUCUAAUAACCCGCUAUAAGCCACGAAGGACAGAUCAAGAUGAUCGCAAAUACAGAAAGCACAAAGAAAAGGAAAGAGCACAUCGAUAUGAAUAUGAUGCACCUUGGGAUCCUACAGUGGUAAAAAAAUCAUCAAAACGAUGUGGAGAGUGUACAGGCUGCCUAAGAACUGAGAAUUGUGGAAAAUGUGACGCAUGCAGACAUCUGAAAAAGUUUGGACCAUCUGUAAGAUUAAAACUGAGAUGUAUACAAAGAACUUGUCGAGUGUUAGGUGACCCACUGAAACCCUCUAAAAGUUUCAACAAAAGUUCUAAAUUCAUCAGGAAGCGCAAACGAGAUUCGAGUAACGAGAGAAACGAAUAUUUAGAAGUUUCAAGACAUUGUUAUGGGCCAGCUUGUACGAAACAAUCCAGACCAGGCAGUAAGUAUUGCUCCGAUGAGUGUGGGUUGAAGCUGGCAACUAACAGAAUUUACCAGGUACUGCCACAACGGAUACAAGAAUGGUCAUUGACCCCUUGCAUCGCAGAGCAAAACAACAGAAGACAAUUAGAAUCCGUUAGAAAGCAACAGCAAGAUGUUAGAAGGAUACUUCAGGAGUUGGACAAGAGACAUACCGAACUGGACAGGAUCGUAGAGCGUGCAAAACAUGCGACGAUCGAUCCACAAACAGAAGUGGACGACAACGAUGAUACGGAGAUGAGCAUGUACUGUAUCACUUGUGGACACGAGAUUCAUUCAAGGACUGCUAUUAAACAUAUGGAGAAAUGUUUCAAUAAGUAUGAAUCACAAGCAUCAUUUGGUUCAAUUUUCAAAACACGCAUAGAAGGGCAAGUGAUGUUCUGUGACUUUUAUAAUCCUGCAAAUCGAACUUAUUGCAAGAGGUUAAGGGUUCUUUGCCCUGAACACUGCAAGGAUCCAAAGAUCAGUGAAACCGAGGUGUGUGGCUGUCCAUUGGUUACAAAUGUAUUCGAUACCACUGGUGAAUUUUGUCGGGCACCAAAGAAGAGCUGCGUAAAGCAUUACGUGUGGGAAAAACUGAGACGAGCUGAGAUCGAUAUGGAGAGGGUGAGGCAGUGGUUGAAGAUAGACGAACUGGUCGAACAAGAGAGGCAAAUCAGAGCGAAUAUGGCCACCCGUGCUGGUGUCUUAGCCCUAAUGCUUCAUUCUACAUAUAACCAUGAACUGAUGGAGCAGAUGACGCAAGAACAAAACAGGGAGCAACUGGAAGCUAUGGAAGAGGAGCUUCAACGAAGGUACGGUUUGCUCCAAAAAGAACAGAAUGUGGAACAAUGAUCGUUUUGCUGAUAAAGGUGUCUAUAGAUAAUGGUAUGUCGAAUUUUUUAACGUAUCUCCGCGAUGUGUUUAGUAUUGUGUUUAUAUCGAUAUAUUGUACACUGUAAUAUUAGUAAGAAUUCGAGAUAUAUAGUAGAGUCUCGAUUAUCCGAGAUGAUGUAGACGGAGCCUACCUCGGGUAAUCGAAGAUUCUGAUAAUACG